CUCAAUGGGAGAAGACCACUUCACCUCAACACUAUGCUGGUCAUGUGAAGAUGAGUCUGAGCAGAUCUCACACCAUAUUCUGAUCAUCCGACAGCCACCUCAAGGCUGAAAUCUGCUCCCACGCCGGCUUCAUGGAAGGGUUUUGACAGGAAGCACAUCUAAGGAGACACAAGCAGCAGCCACGUUGGUACCCAAGGGAAGAAAAGCUCACACCAGAGGCAAAUAUCACUAUCUGAGCGUGGCAAUAGCCCACGAGCCCAUUCCCUGGCGAAGUACGAAGACGAAGCCGAAUUGGAACGCACUUCAGCCCGGAAAGGUCGAUUUCAGCCAACAGCUGAAACCCAGGGGACCAUGCCGCUGAAGACAUCACUCUAGAGAGCAUAUCAUUCGUGUAGAGGCGGCGGAAACGGGGAAACAAAAUCAUUGAUGCGCCUUGUGACAACCAACGCUUCGAAAUAUCCACAGAUUCCACAAUGCAAUCCACGAAAGACUGGCUAAUGCUCGGUGGACGGAUGAAGCACCGCUUUGGACCUCAGACCGUGUGGCUUGCCGAGGACCUCAGAUAGAACUACUAAUGUCGAGCUCGAAUUUCCAAAAUCUCAGGCAGACGUCUCCCAAACUCUUCGCAAACAUGACUCCGCCACCUGCAUCGAGACCAUCAUCCUCAGGCCGAACACUGUAUCUCACAGUAUACAACACAAUCUUCUCGCUUUUGUGGCUCUACGUCCUGGUUUCCACGUUCAAAGCACUUCCCGGCGGUAGACUCCAUGUCUACUCCGUGGUCGAACGCGAUGCCCGCAUGAUCCAAACACUCUCGCUGCUGGAUGUUGUCCACUCAGCCACAGGCCUCAUACCAGCACCACUCGGCAGCACGUUCACGCAGAUUGCGACACGCGUGAUACAGGUCUGGCUGAUCUGGGCUGGUUUCUCGAUGACUACAGCGACUUCGAGUGCAUUUCCGACAUUACUAAUCGCAUGGAGCAUAGCAGAUACGAUUAGAUAUGCGUAUCUUGCGUUGAAUCUGCACGGGAAAGCUCCUGGGUGGCUGGUGUGGCUACGCUAUUCCAUGUUCUAUGCGCUUUAUCCUGUGGGUAUUGUGUGUGAGUGGUGGUUGAUGUACCAGGCUGUGACGCCGGCGGCCGAAGUCAGCUGGAUUUUGAGGCCAGUUUUCUACUUUUUGCUGGCGUUGUAUGUGCCUGGAUCAUACAUGAUGUUCACAUACAUGAUCAAGCAGAGGCGGAAGGUCUUGAGCAAAAAGUCCAAGAGCUGAACCCUACGCAAAUUGGCAACUUACGAGGCGCGUUCGAAUGGGAUAUAUCCGGGAGUUUUUGUCAGAUCGAGGAGCCAGGACGAUGAAAGACGCUCGAGAAGCAGUCACGAUUCUCCCGGCAACGUUGAAUGUCAAGAAAUUUGGCCUGCCACGAGGAAGUAAGACCUUCAGCGCAAGGGCUUCUAUCCGUCUCUGAGGAAUUGGUGGGGAAAGUCGUCAGGAACGCCGAAAAGUUCAAUACAAAGACAUGACUCGGCCGAUCUCAGCUUUGAGUCUGUAUCAUCUGAUGCUCACCAGCUUCAGCUGCCAUGACAUUGAUUCCUUCCGAGCUCUCAGCCAUCCGGUGGCCCAUCCCAGAAAGAGCAGAAAGAGCAGCCGUGGUCUGAAGUCUGCCCACGACCGUAUCAAUC